AAAAAAAAAAAAAACUCAACUAUGGAGCAUGGAGGAAGCUCAGAUGUAGGGCACCAGAAUACUAGACAGUCUAGACCCACCGCCACCAAUCGAUCCACCUCUCUCGACUCUCAUCUCUAAACACUGCUCAUUUUGUCAUUUUGCUCCAAAAAUGGUGUCCCUCCUCCUCCCCUAAAACCCUCUCUCCUCUGUUUCUCAAUAUAGAUCAGCAAUGCUCUCUCUCCACCACCACGGCUUCCUUCACUUCACCCCAUCAUUCUCAAAACCCUUCUACCCCAAAACUCUCAAACCCCCAACAAAACCCGCCCAUAAAACACACGCCCUCCUCCAAUACAAUCGAAAGCCCCAACUGGCCGGCGACACCCCCCGCGUCGUCGUCAUAACAUCCGGCAAAGGUGGCGUCGGCAAGACCACCACCACUGCCAAUAUCGGCCUCUCCCUCGCCCGUUUCGGCUUCUCCGUCGUCGCCAUCGAUGCCGACGUCGGCCUUCGCAACCUCGACCUCCUCCUCGGCCUCGAGAACCGCGUCAACUACACCGUGAUGGAGGUUCUAAACGGCGAUUGCCGCCUCGACCAGGCCCUCGUCCGCGACAAGCGCUGGUCCAACUUCGAACUCCUCUGCAUUUCCAAGCCUCGCUCCAAGCUCCCCAUUGGUUUCGGCGGAAAGGCCCUGGUUUGGCUCGUCGACGCCUUGAAAGCUCGCCAAGAGGGUUCCCCGGAUUUCAUUAUCAUCGACUGUCCCGCAGGAAUCGAUGCCGGGUUCAUCACCGCCAUCACUCCGGCCAAUGAGGCGGUCCUCGUGACCACGCCGGACAUCACGAGCUUGCGAGACGCCGAUAGGGUCACUGGGUUGUUGGAAUGUGACGGAAUUAGGGACAUCAAGAUGAUGGUGAACCGGGUUCGGACGGAUAUGAUCAAAGGCGAGGAUAUGAUGUCGGUACUGGAUGUGCAGGAGAUGUUGGGUUUGGCGUUGUUGGGUGUGAUUCCGGAGGACUCGGAGGUGAUAAGGAGCACCAACAGAGGGUACCCGCUUGUGUUGAAUAAGCCACCCACAUUGGCCGGAUUGGCUUUCGAGCAGGCGGCUUGGAGGCUUGUUGAGCAGGAUAGCAUGAAGGCUGUGAUGGUGGAGGAGGAGCCUAAAAAGCGUGGCUUUUUCUCCUUUUUUGGAGGCUAAGAAAUUGAAAGGACGCUAAGGUAUAUGGGGUUUAAGGUUAUGCUAGUUCGAGUGUUUUGCUUGUGGUGGCCUUCAGCAGCAGCCUGCAGCCGAGAUUGUUCCGGGAGGAUGGGAAUGAACGUGAGAAUUAGCUGUGUACAGUGAAGUUUGUCUUUCUCUUUCUUCAUUUUGCUGAUUUUGUGUUUCUUUGUUUGAUUUGCUAGAUUUCUAGUAGUAUUAGUUUUUAGGAGCGGUGUCUGUAACUUUUAGUUAAGAUCUGCUCAACUGCAUUCGGUUGCUUCUUUUUUUUUUUUAAUGACAACAUAUGUUGGUUCUUUUAAGGAUGAAUUUUCUGUAUUUACUCAAUUAUAACAGAAGUUGCUAUUUCUCUUGUGAACGCUGUGAAA